AUGCCUGUCGACUAUUUCAACUACAAGCGUUUCCGCAUUGUGGUCACUUACACCUGCACGACAUAUGAGGCAGUGCGACUGUGGCAGCGGCUCCUGGACUGCGACGGCGCCCGCUGGCUGCUGGCGGCGCCUCCGCCGUCCCGCCUCCCCCAUGGCAGCGCCGCGGCCAUCUUCCUCGACUACGGCUGUGCGCGCAACAGGGAGCUCUUCCUGCAGUGCGCACGGCUGGGCCUGCUGAACACAUCGACGCACUGGCUGGUGUGGGGCGGAGGGCCGCCGCCGGAGGACCUGCCGCUGCGGCUGGACAGUGACGUCACGUGGGCCUCUCAUCGCGAGGGCGAAGUCGUCCUGGAGAAGCUGGUCCUCGACCAACCUGAAGACUCGCUGCUCAGGAUCGCCGUGGGGCGCUGGUCGCAGGGCACCGGACUGGCGUACCACGGCACCCACGUACAGUGGCCGCCGCGCCAGCUCAACGGACGAAUACUGCGUCUCGCAGCCAGGGUGAUCUACUCGCCCUUGGACAACCUGGGGAGGAGACUGAGGAAGGUGGAGGACAAGCACCUGGACAUGGUUGCGCGUUUCGGCUGGGAAGUCUGCUCUCGCUUGUCAGACAUGCUCAAUUUCUCGAUCGUGCUGUACUCCACAUCUUCUUUCGGCUUCGCUGUGCUGGGUAACAAAACAAUGGAUGGUGUGGUCGGCCUGCUGGCGAACGGCACCGUCGACAUCGGCGUCACAGCGCUGGUGAUCACGCACCAGCGGCUCAAUUUCAUCGACUUUACUGGGCCGGGAGUUCUCUGGACCACCAAGAUCGCGUUCCGGCACCCAAAGGCAGUGGGCGUGUACGGGACGCUGUUCCGGCCGUUUGAGCCCCCUCUGUGGGUGGCCAGCAGUGUGGUGUACUCGCUGGUGCUGGCCGCCGCAUGGCUCGCCUAUCGCGCUGUGCGACGCUGCGAGGGCGGACACGACGGCAGCUGGAGUUCUGCCCUGCUCCUGCUCUGCUCCGCCAUCAGCCAGCAAGGGGUAUCGCACAACUGCGGCCUGCUGGGCUGGCGCUUGCUGCUGCUGGCGAGUCUGUGGUGCGCCGCGCUGCUGGACACUCACUACUCGGCAGCCAUCGUGACGUCGCUGCUGCUGCCGCCGCCCAGGACCAUCAGGAGCAAGCGAGACCUCGUGCACAGCCCGCUCGCCUUCGGCUCCGAGAACGUCAGCUACGUGCACGGCUACUUUGAGACGAGCGACGACCCGGUGGACCGCGCACUGUGUGCCUCACGUCUGUUCUCCAGCGGCGCCUCCAGGCCCAACUACUUCCCUCCAGAGGUCGGCGUGCGCAAGAUGGCGACGGAGUUGUUCGCGUACCAUGCGGACGAGUCUCGAAUGUACCCUCUCAUCGAUCGCAUCUUCGACGAGCAGGCCAAGUGCGCGCUGGAGACAAUCAGUUUCCUGACGCCCAUGAGGACUUUCACAGCAGUGCAGAAGAAUUCACCACUCAAGGAGACCAUCACUGCAGCGGUGCGCACGCUGUGGGAGCGCGGCUUCAUGGCGCACGCGCACAAGACGUGGCGCCUGGAGCCGCCCGCCUGCCUGUCGGACAGCGACUACGUCAGCGUCGACCUGGCCGCCGUGUCGCCCGCCUUCCUCCUGAUGGUCGCCGCGCUGCUGCUCGCCGCCGUGGUGCUGCUGCUGGAGAGGGCCUGCAUUGUGCUGUACUCCACGCCAUCUUUCGGCUUCGCGGUACUGGAAAACAAAACAGUGGAUGACGUGGUCGGCCUGCUGGCAAACGGCACCGUCGAUAUCAGCGUCACUGGGCUGGUGAUGACGCAAGAGCGGCUCAACGUCAUUGACUUCAAGGGGCCGUUCGUUCUCUGGACCACCAAGAUCGCGUUCCGGCACCCAAAGGCAGUGGGCGUGUACGGGACGCUGUUCCGGCCGUUUGAGCCCCCCCUGUGGGUGGCCAGCAGUGUGGUGUACUCGCUGGUGCUGGCCGCCGCAUGGCUCGCCUACCGAGCUGUGCGCCGCUGCGAGGGCGGACACGACGGCAGCUGGAGUUCUGCCCUGCUCCUGCUCUGCUCCGCCAUCAGCCAGCAAGGUGCAGUAGUCUCCUCACCCUAA